CCCGCGUGUCCUGCCUUGGGCACCGCUGGCAGCCGCCGCUCGUCCGUCCGUCCUCAGCGGGCAUGGAGUGAGCGAGGCGUCGGGGGCUUUCCCGCCUGGGAGCUGAGGUUCAGAGGGAAAACAACACCAGUAUGGAACAGUGUUUAUAGACCAUCCACAAACAGAAGGAAAGAGAAGACCUGCCAUUUAAAGAAAAAAAAGUGCUGCACAUACAAAUCCUCAAUCAGCAGGAAUGGCACUAACAAAGGAUUCAUUUGAACGGAUUAAGUGGCUUAUCACAGCUGCCUGGUGGCUGCUGAUUGUUUUUUCAACUGAAGGAAUUGAUGGGGGAGGAUAUGCAUAUAUUGAUCCAUGUGGGGGACAGGAUUGUUCAGUUUGUCGGUGCUUUCCAGAAAAAGGAUCAAGGGGUCAGCCUGGUGAGCUGGGAGCUCAAGGUCCAAUUGGGUCCUUGGGAUCUACAGGACCAGCUGGUCUGCCAGGGGAGAAAGGACAGAGAGGUGAGAAUGGGAAGCCUGGGCCAGCUGGAGAAAAAGGUGAUAAGGGCCCAACUGGAGUCCCAGGAUUUCCUGGUUUAGAUGGUGUUCCUGGCCUCCCAGGAGGGGAAGGACCCAGAGGCAAGCAUGGUUUGGAUGGCUGCAAUGGCUCCCGGGGAGACCCAGGAUUUCCAGGAGAGAACGGUUACAUGGGACCACAGGGUCCUUAUGGAGUUCCAGGGCAAAAAGGAGAAAAAGGAAAUUCAGUGUACAUUUCACAUUUUGGAAAAGGACUUCCAGGAGACAGAGGUGAUCCUGGACCUCCUGGCAUGCCUGGACCUAGAGGGUCAAGAGGUGCAAUGGGCCCAUCUGGAUACCCAGGCCCUCCAGGCUUGCCUGGUAUUCCAGGUUACCCUGGUUUGCCAGGUGAACAGGGAAAUCCAGGGAUUGGAGUGGAUGGACAAAAAGGGGAGCCGGGCGACAUCGGGAUGCCUGGGCCACCUGGGUCACCGCUGCUAGUUGGACCUCCUGGAGCUCACCUGUUCAAAGGACAAAAGGGCCAAAAAGGAUUACCUGGGGUAACAGGAUACAGAGGGCCACGUGGACCCAAAGGCAUGCUUGGGAGAGGAGAAAAGGGUGAAAAAGGCCUUCCUGGAUUCCCUGGAUUGCGGGGUCAUCCUGGUUCUUAUGGACCUGCAGGUUUUCCUGGAAUGAAGGGUGAAACAGGAUUUGCUGGUUUUCCUGGACAACCUGGCUAUCCAGGCAUACAGGGGGAUCCAGGAGAGAAAGGGCCCCCAGGUCCUCCUGGAGCUGUUGGAACUCCACUGCCUCCUAUAAAAGGUCCACGAGGAGAUCCUGGAUUUCCAGGUCCUGUUGGUGAAAUGGGGUCAGUUGGACCAAUUGGUCCUUCAGGCCUUCUAGGACAACCAGGAUAUGAUGGAACAAGUCUUCCCGGCCUGCCAGGAGUGAGUGGGGCACCAGGACCUCAAGGUUUUCAAGGGGACCCUGGUUUGCCUGGGACAGGUGAAUUAAUCCCAGGAAGACCGGGAUUUCCUGGACCACCAGGCCUACCAGGGCAGCCGGGAAGACAAGGCUUACCUGGACUACCCAGUGUAAUCUGCACUGACAGAGGGAUCCCUGGAGAACCUGGACCAAAAGGUCAGACAGGCCUUCCAGGAAGAAAAGGUGCAAAAGGAGAGAAGGGAAGUCAAGGCCUCUGCUCAUGUGGUGCUGGUCCUCCUGGUCCCCGUGGCCUGCAAGGACCUGCAGGUACUGAAGGAAGGAAAGGACCAAUGGGAUACCCUGGAAGACACGGAGAAAAGGGUGACCCAGGCUCAUCUGGUGCAGUGGGAUCACCAGGGCUCCCUGGGGCUCCUGGUUCUGCUGGACAGCAUGGGGAAAAAGGAGAGAAGGGUGAUCCAGGAAGAGUUAGAGUUAAAGGAUUAAAAGGUGAAAGAGGACCAACUGGGCUUCCAGGAUUUCCAGGCCAAAGAGGUCUUGAUGGCAGAGAUGGGGAACUGGGAUUGCCGGGGGAAAAAGGAGCUAAGGGUGAUUCUGGAGCAGCAAUCCCGGGUGAUAAAGGAUUCCCUGGGCUCCCGGGACCUCCUGGAGUAAAAGGCCGGGUGGGAUUGCCUGGUCUGGGGCUCCCUGGGCCUCCAGGAGCCAGAGGCAGCCCCGGAGACUUUGGUGAUGUGGGUAGCGUUGGGCCACCAGGUCCAAAAGGCCAGAAAGGUGAAACUGUCUGCAUUACAUCACCAUAUCCUGGAAGUCCAGGUCCCCCAGGUUUUAAAGGUAUUCAAGGACAAAAGGGUUUAAAAGGACUCCCAGGGCAUCCUGGACCAAAUGGCUUUGAUGGGCCAAAAGGCCGUCGAGGAAGGCCAGGAGCAGGAAUCCCUGGGCCAGAAGGCUUUCGAGGCACAGCUGGUGAUCCUGGUGAUGAAGGUGAAAGAGGAUCUACAAUUGAUGGCAAAAAUGGCCUUCCAGGGCCACCUGGCACAGAUGGCCCGAAAGGUCUCCCAGGUGACACCACGUACGGCCCUCCAGGAAUCCCAGGCACCAGGGGACUGCCAGGACCCCCUGGUGCACAGGGGGCAAGGGGUAACCCAGGCAUUCCUGGACUUCAAGGACAACCUGGAACCCCAGGAUUUCCAGGUGCCAAAGGUUUUAGAGGCCCAGAAGGUGAUGUAGGAGCACCAGGCUGUCCGGGCUUCCCUGGCUCACCAUGUGUUCCAGGAUUACCAGGACCACCUGGACUCAGAGGUGUCGUGGGCCUGCCAGGACCUCAAGGUUUACCAGGCUUUAAAGGUCAGAGAGGAGACAGGGGCCUGGCUGGGCCACCUGGAAUCAAAGGUCUCAAAGGCUCUCUGGGCUCACGAGGUCUCCCAGGUCCUCCAGGCUUGCGAGGUCCCCCAGGACUUCCAGGCAGUACAGGACUGAUUGGCUUCCCAGGAGAAACAGGAAGCAAAGGCAUUCAAGGACCCCAGGGAUUCCCAGGACUCCCAGGAAUACAAGGCCCAAUGGGAACCUUUGGUCUAAAAGGUGAAGAAGGAACAAUGGGUCUACCUGGGCCUGGUGGAGAAUGUGGAGAUAUGGGAAUAAAAGGUGAAAGGGGGGCCCCAGGAGACAGUGGCUGCGUUAACCUCCGUCUUGAGAAAGGACAAAUGGGGGAUCCAGGGCUUCCUGGGGAGAAUGGAUUGAGAGGAGAAAGAGGUGAAAAAGGCAAUACUGGUUUCAGAGGCACACGAGGAUUGCCAGGGAAGAAUGGUGUUCCAGGACUGCCAGGUGACCAAGGUGACACUGGAGUGAUGGGGUUUCCAGGAUCUCGGGGUUUGCCUGGACCAAAGGGCCCUCAAGGAAUCACAGGUUUUCCAGGAGAACCAGGUGACCAGGGUGAUGUUGGCUUACCAGGAAACCCUGGAUAUCCAGGACUGACUGGCCCCAAAGGAUUUAAAGGCAAGAGAGGGGACCCAACUCCUCUGCUUGGUGCACACGGUCGGAAAGGGCCUCCAGGAGAUCCAGGACUGCCAGGACUUUGUGGAUUUCCAGGGGAGAAGGGUUUACCAGGUAUCCAAGGACAGCCUGGAAGACCAGGACCAAAGGGUGACCCUGGAUAUCCAGGGCGACCUGGAUUACCAGGACCUACAGGUCCUCAAGGAUUGCCAGGAGAACCUGGAGAAAAAGGGAAACCUGGAAUUGUGGGACCUCCAGGAUUACAAGGGUUACCUGGAUUCCAAGGCAGAAAAGGUCUUCCUGGACUGCCUGGACUGGAUGGCUUGGAUGGACUAAAAGGUCAAAAGGGUUCUGCAGGAACUCCAGGUCAGAGUGAGACAGGGCCCCCAGGAUACCCUGGAGAAAUUGGACCAAAAGGAGACAGAGGUGAACCUGGAUGGCCUGGUAUUUCUAUUCCAGGCCCCCCUGGAGAAAGGGGAUUCCCAGGAUUUCCAGGUAGAAGAGGACCUGUUGGACCCACUGGACCUAUGGGAAGAUCUCCUGAUAGUGCUUCCCCUGGUCCUCCAGGUGAUCAAGGAUUACCUGGUUUAGACGGCAUCAGAGGUGAUCCUGGGAAUCCUGGUCCUCCUGGAGAGACUGUCUUUGUGCAAGGGGAUCCAGGUGAUAGCGGCAUUCGAGGAGCACCAGGUAAUCCUGGGCCACGAGGACAGCAGGGAGCCAGAGGCCCUCCAGGGAGCCAAGGAAGAGAAGGCCCAAAGGGUCCUAUGGGGGUCCAUGGCCCACAGGGUCCACCUGGUGCUUUAGGACAACCAGGAGACCCAGGUUUUCCAGGAAGACCUGGUCCCAGAGGUCCCACAGGUUUCAUAGGUGACCCUGGUGAGCCAGGAAAAGCAGAUGAUUCAUGCCCUACAAUCCCUGGGCCUCCUGGGGAAGCAGGGCAAAGAGGAGAGGAUGGUUCUGCAGGACUACCAGGGCCAAUAGGCCACCCUGGACCCCAAGGCAUGAAAGGUGAAGAAGGAUCGUGUGGCCUGCCGGGUCAAGAUGGGUUACCUGGGGCACCUGGACCACCAGGUGACCAAGGGAGCCGAGGAGAGCAGGGAUAUGCUGGGCCACAAGGUCCACCUGGCCAGACUGGUGUCCCAGGACCACCAGGCCCCCAGGUUAGAUCUGCAAGUGGAUUCUUGCUCGUUGUUCACAGUCAGUCAGACAGAGAACCACUCUGCCCACAGGGGAUGCCCAAGUUAUGGACUGGCUAUAGUCUGCUGUACCUGGAAGGACAAGAGAAAGCCCAUAAUCAAGAUCUUGGUCUGGCAGGCUCCUGCCUGCCCGUGUUCAGCACCAUGCCCUUUGCCUACUGCAACAUCAACCAGGUGUGUUACUACGCCAGCCGCAAUGACAAGUCCUACUGGCUGUCGAGCGCGGCCGCGCUGCCCACGGCGCCGCUGGCCGAGGAGGAGGUGCGGCCCUACAUCAGCCGCUGCGCCGUGUGCGAGGCGCCCGCGCCCGCCGUGGCGCUGCACAGCCAGGACCAGAGCAUCCCCCCCUGCCCCGGCAGCUGGAGGAGCCUCUGGAUAGGGUACUCCUUUCUCAUGCACACUGGGUCUGGUGACCAGGGGGGUGGACAGUCCCUUAUGUCACCUGGAAGCUGCCUGGAAGACUUCAGAUCCGCGCCAUUCAUCGAGUGCCAGGGCCAGCGGGGAACGUGCCAGUUCUUUGCUAAUGAAUACAGCUUCUGGCUGACCACCGUGAUGCCCGAGCUGCAGUUUGCAUCAGCCCCCCUGUCAGGGACUCUCAAAGAAGGACAAGAGCAAAGGAAAAAAAUCAGUAGAUGCCAGGUAUGCCUGAAGCAUGGCUAAGAAGCAAACCAGAAGCAGGUGGCUGCAGAGAGAGGCUGGUGGGACGGUGAGCACUGUGCCAAAGGUUUAAACAGCAGCUCGUGUUUGAGUGUAUGUGAAAGUGUGCAGCACUGUUCUCUUUGUUGGAAGGGAAAAAUGAGACAAAGGUGAGGGAUCUGUUGAGCUUCAUCCACCCAUGUACACACAUCCACAGGCAAUAAAAUCUCGUGUUAAAAAAAUUAAUUAAGAGAAGAUGAAACUCUGUCCCAUUGGAGUCCUCUGCUGUAAUGGACAGGGAACAAGGUGAGCUUGGAGGACUGAGUCAAGCUGGAAAGACCAAGGACACUGUACCUGUUGUGCAAGAGAAUGGAUUUCCUGUAAGAAAUGGCAUUUACAGCAGGAAGAAUAUUGCAUUUACAUGGCAUAUGAUAAAUAUUUAUCCAUACUGAUAGAAACAUGGAAAAAUACAAAUGUCAGAGCCCUGUAGCCGGAUUUCCCAAGCUAAAGAAACUCUGCACUUGCUGUUUCCAAGGGAAGGGGAAAAUGUAAUUGUUAAAAAAUAAUCUAAUAAUAAAAACAAUGGAGAUCAAAGUCCUUUACUGCUGCAGUACUGAACCUGACUCUGAAAGAACUGUUAAUUGGGCUUUCAUAAGCAACAAAGGCUGCAAAUCCAUUUAACAGCAGAUUAUGUAGGAAAAUAAAACUAGCUGAGAUAACAAAUCCUUAAAAACCUGUAUUUAUAUUUACAAUUAAUUUGUAAAAGCAGUUACAUUUAAUUAUUAAACUCUAAUCCAAGUUGCCAAAAAACCAAAGCAAUUUCUAAUAUUAAUUGAAAAGAAACAGUGACAUGGUGAUAACAUGAGUGAACUUAUCUGAGUGAUGAAUAUAAGAAGUGUUAGGAAAAUAAAUUGUGUUCAUUUUUUGCUUCUUUGUUUGUAAAUACACCAUUAAAAAAAGAACCAUCACCAUGAAGAUCGUUAUGGAAUGACAGCUCUGAAGAUCCUUUUUAUUUUUUAAAGCACUAAUUGUAAAAAUGUUCAUAUCCUAAAGCACUAAUCACCUUUUGAAAAAAUGAAAAUUCAUUUGUACUUCCUUCAUUCAUCUGUAAAACCAGAACAUUUCAAUGGUUAUGUAUUGUCAGGAAACAUCUGAAAACACAGAUUGCAAAUGGAGAAUCCAUCAUGUGCAAAAGGGCCACAAAUGCUCCUUUUACCACCUAAAUAAGGUACAUUUUACUAGAAUGGAAUCAAAUGCUUUUUCCAGCACUUUUCAUUUCAAUUGGUGUUCACUGAGGUGCCCCCAGCAAGAGGAUUUUCAAGGAAACUGCAAUCCUCAUCCCAGGGUCCCAAUUCAAAGCAAACUCCUCUGAAGCCAUCACGAGUACAACAGGCUGCUCAGCCAAUUUAAAAGCUGGAUACACAAACUCAAAGAGCAGGAAAGACAGACAUUCCAGGCUCAGCCAGAGGAAAAUAAAACAGUCAGAGGAUGAGUCCAGUCAAGUGUAAAUACAUCUGACUGUGCAACUUCCUCCUGACUCAACCAACCAAACCUCUCUUGUGCUGUUCUUGCGUGGUGUCAACUGACUCUGUCCUUUCACCUCCUGGGGCCUGGGCCAUUCCCACCUGUGCCAGGGAACAUUUCCCUCUGGUCCUGUGCCCGCUGGGACAGGGCACACCUCGGGUCACUCCUGGGUGAUUCCAGCUGCACCUGUCAGAUCUGACACUGGAGCAGGGGCCAGUCCCCGCCCUUGGCCUGUAUGCAGGAAUUCCAUCUCUUCCUGAUUCAGGCACCAUGCCAUGA